UACCUAAUUGCAAUACCACUCUCUUCUUUGUUGCUGUUGCUUAAUCCUUGUCUUUCCCCAUCUCUUCGACUCACUACCUCUUUCCCGUUUUAUCAUCCAUUCCUAACUUGGCUCUCGUUCACCUCUGUUUCCUUCACCGUCUCUCUGUUUGGAACCCAAACUCUGCUCCUUUCAUUUCCUUGUUUAUUUUCAUUUCCUUCUUAAUUUCCUCUUAUUUUCUCAGUUCCCAUCUGUUUUCCAACAAAACCAAAUUCCAAAAAAAAAACAAAAAACCACCCUCUGUCUUCAUAGCUUGGUAAUCUACUCUUCACAUUCGGCCUUACAUCAGGAUCUGCUUGCAAAAUACCAACUUCCUUUGCUCUCGUUUUGUCACACUGAAUCAAAUUGCAUGCACUCCUUGAGCUUUCUCCAUCUCUUCACUCCCUACUUCUUUGUCAUUUUUUCUACCUUCACUCAUAUUCGCUACUGAUUCUGCUUUUCAUUUUGUUGGUGACCGUCUCUCUGCUUGUAACAAAUACACUGUUCCUUCCAUUUCUUCCGCUCUCUUAUUUUAGUUUCCUCUUGCUCCUGCUUUGAUUUGUUUCUGUUUUUUUCAUUAUUUCCAUUCUGUUUUCCCAACAAAACCACACACACACCAAAAAAAAAAAAAAAAAAAUACAAAUCCAACUGAGACGAAAUGACAGAGAUCAUUAAUGCCGUUGCUGCAAAAGUUUCAGAGUACUUGGUUGCUCCAAUUGGACGCCAUCUUGGUUAUCUGUUUUGCUAUCGGAGCUAUACCGAUGAACUCCACAACAAAGCUCAGAAGCUGGGGAAGGCGAGGGAUGACGUGCUGAUAACUGUUGAUGAAGCUAGGAGAAGAGGGGAUGAAAUCAGACCUAUUGUUCAGGAGUGGCUGAAUCGGGUAGAUGAGGUUACAGGGGAGGCAGAGGAAUUGAAGAAAGAUGAAAACAAGAGUUGUUUCCAUGGGUGGUGUCCUAAUCUCAAGUCACGGUACCUGCUAAGCAGGGAAGCAGACAAGAAGGCGCAGGUUAUUGUUGAAGUCCAAGAAGACCGCAAUUUCCCCGAUGGCGUAUCAUAUCGUGUCCCUCUACGGAAUGUAACCUUUAAAAAUUAUGAACCUUUUGAGUCAAGAGCCUCGACUGUGAACAAAGUUAUGGAUGCAUUAAGAGAUGAUGAGAUCAACAAGAUUGGGGUAUGGGGCAUGGGCGGUGUGGGCAAAACCACGCUGGUCAAACAAGCGUCCCAACUAGCUGAAGAUGAGAAGCUGUUCACCACACGAGUCUACAUAGAUGUAUCCUGGACUCGAGAUUCGGAAAAACUUCAAGAUGGAAUUGCUAAAAUUCAACAAAAAAUUGCAGACAUGUUAGGCUUGGAAUUUAAGGGGAAGGACGAAUCCACAAGAGCAGUUGAACUGAAGCAGAGACUGCAGAAAGAAAAGAUCCUUAUCAUCUUAGAUGACAUUUGGAAGGAAGUUAGUUUGGAGGAAGUUGGAAUUCCUUCUAAAGAUGACCAGAAAGGAUGCAAAAUAGUGUUGGCUUCUAGAAAUGAAGACCUAUUACGCAAAGACAUGGGCGCAAAAGAGUGUUUUCCACUUCAACAUCUACCAAAAGAGGAAGCUUGGCAUUUAUUUAAGAAGACAGCAGGUGAUUCUGUGGAGGGGGAUAAACUGCGACCCAUAGCAAUUGAGGUAGUUAACGAAUGUGAGGGUCUACCAAUUGCAAUUGUAACAAUUGCAAAUGCAUUAAAAGAUGAAAGUGUGGCUGUAUGGGAGAAUGCUUUGGACGAACUGAGGAGUGCUGCGCCAACAAACAUCGGCGGAGUGGAUGACAAGGUCUACGGAUGUCUGAAGUGGAGCUACAAGCAUUUGAAAGGUGAUGAAGUCAAGUCAUUGUUCUUACUUUGUGGUUGGUUGAGCUAUGGUGAUAUUUCAAUGGAUCGCUUGUUAAGGUAUGCUAUGGGUUUGGAUUUGUUUGACCACAUCAAGUCAUUGGAGCAAGCAAGAAAUAAACUAGUUACAUUGGUGAGAACCCUCAAAGCCUCAAGCUUGUUACUUGACGGUGAAGAUCAUAUAAACCCUUUUGGAGGAGGAGCCUCGAGGUUGCUUUUCAUGGAUGCUGAUAACAAGUCUGUCAGGAUGCAUGAUGUUGUUCGUGAUGUUGCCAGAAAUAUUGCAUCCAAGGAUCCUCAUCGAUUUGUAGUUAGAGAAGACGGUGAAGAAUGGUCAGAGACUGAUGGAUCCAAAUACAUCUCUUUAAAUUGCAAAGAUGUGUAUGAGCUUCCUCACAGGUUGGUAUGUCCGAAACUUCAAUUUUUACUAUUGCAGAACGGUCCUUCCUUGAAAAUCCCACACACAUUUUUUGAAGGGAUGAACCUACUCAAAGUUUUAGACUUGUCUGAAAUGCAUUUCACAACACUACCUUCAACGCUUCAUUCCCUUCCAAAUCUUCGAACAUUACGUCUAGACCGGUGUGAGUUGGGAGACAUAGCUCUAAUUGGAGAGCUAAAGAAACUACAAGUUCUUAGCAUGGUGGGUUCCGAUAUCCAACAACUGCCUAGUGAAAUGGGGCAGUUGACGAAUCUAAGGUUGUUGGAUUUGAAUGAUUGUAAGCAGCUUGAAGUAAUUCCACGAAAUAUCUUAUUAAGCUUGUCUCGAUUAGAAUGUUUGUGCAUGAAAUCUAGCUUUACUCAAUGGGCAGCUGAAGGAAUUAGUGAUGGAGAAAGCAAUGCUUGUUUAUCGGAGCUGAAUCAUUUGCGCAAUUUGACAACUAUAGAGAUAGAAGUGCCAGCUGUCGAGUUGCUACCAAAAGAAGACAUGUUCUUUGAGAACUUGACAAGAUAUGCAAUAUUUGCUGGCAGAGUUUAUUCAUGGGAAAGAAAUUAUAGAACAUCAAAAACAUUAAAGCUGGAACAGGUUGAUAGAAGCUUACUUUUGAGGGAUGGAAUUGGAAAGUUGUUGAAGAAAACUGAAGAACUAAAGUUGAGUAAUUUGGAAGAAGUAUGUCGUGGCCCAAUUCCCCUAAGGUCGUUGGAUAACUUGAAAAUUUUAGAUGUGGAGAAAUGUCAUGGAUUGAAAUUUCCCUUCUUACUUUCCACAGCUAGAGGCCUUUCCCAACUAGAAGAAAUGACAAUAAAUGAUUGCAAUGCCAUGCAACAAAUAAUCGAAUGUGAAGGGGAGUUUGAAAUAAAAGAAGUUGAUCAUGUUGGGACCGACUUGCAACUGCUCCCUAAAUUACGACUUUUGGAACUUAGGGAUCUACUAGAGCUCAUGAAUUUCGACUACUUCGGCUCUAAUUUGGAAACGACAUCGCAAGAAACAUGUUCCCAAGGCAAUCCUGAUAUCCACAUGCCAUUUUUCAGUUAUCAGGUUUCAUUCCCUAAUUUGGAGAAGUUGAUACUUCAUAAUCUUCCCAAAUUGAGGGAGAUAUGGCAUCACCAACUUCCACUUGGGUCCUUCUACAAUUUGCAAAUCCUAAAAGUUUACUCUUGUCCAUGCCUACUCAAUCUUAUUCCGUCUCAUUUGAUACAGAGAUUCGACAAUUUGAAAGAGAUGGACGUAGAUAACUGUGAAGCCCUAAAACAUGUGUUUGAUCUUCAAGGACUUGAUGAAAAUAUUAGGAUUCUCCCAAGGUUAGAAUCCUUAUGGUUAUGGACACUACCUAAGUUGAGGCGUGUUGUGUGCAAUGAGGAUGAGGACAAGAAUGAUAGCGUGAGGUGUCUUUUCUCUUCUUCCACGGCUUUUCACAACCUUAAAUUCCUAUCCAUCCAAGAUUAUGGGAACAAAGUUGAAGAUGAGGAACAUAUCAAUACUCCUAGGGAAGAUGUAGUGCUCUUCGAUGGAAAGGUUUCAUUCCCUAAUUUGGAGGAGUUAACACUCGAUGGUCUUCCCAAGUUGACGAUGAUAUGGCAUCAUCAACUUUCACUUGAAUCCUUCCGUAGAUUAGAGAUCCUAAGUGUGUGUAAUUGUCCACGCCUUUUAUCUUUUUCCAAGUUCAAGGAUUUUCAUCACCUCAAAGACUUAAGUAUCAUUAAUUGUGGGAUGCUCUUGGAUGAAAAGGUUUCAUUCUCUCCUAAUUUGGAGGAGUUGUAUCUAGAAAGUCUUCCAAAGUUGAAGGAGAUAGAUUUUGGGAUCCUCCCAAAGUUAAAAAUCCUAAGGUUAGAGAAACUACCUCAACUAAGAUAUAUUAUAUGCAAGGGUAAGAAUAUCAGCAAGAGAUGUGUUUUGUCUCCUUCAAUGUUCAAGAAUUUUCACAAUCUCAUAAAGUUACAUAUCAUUGAUUGUGGGAUGGAAGACACCAGAAGUGUCAAUACUUCUACUAAUGAUGAAGUGCUCUCCAAUGAAAAGGCUUCAUUCCUUGAAUCAAGAGCCUCCACUUUGAACAAAAUUAUUGAUGCCUUAAGAGACGAGAAUAUCAACUUGAUUGGAGUAUGGGGCAUGGGCGGUGUGGGCAAAACAACACUGUUGAAACAAGUGGCUCAACAAGCUAAGCAACACCAUUUGUUCAAUAGACAAGCCUAUAUUGAUUUAUCUUCCAUUCCAGACUCGGAAAAUCUUCGACAAAGAAUUGCAAAAGCGUUGGGCUUCACACUUAGGAGGAAGGAUGAAUCCAGAAGAGCGGAUGAAUUGAAGCAGAAACUGAAGCAGAGACUGAAGGAAGGGAAGAUCCUUAUUAUCUUAGAUGAUAUUUGGACGGAAGUUGAUUUGGAGGAAGUAGGAAUUCCUUCUAAAGGCGAUGAGACACAAUGCAAAAUAGUGUUGGCUUCGAGAGAUGGAGACCUAUUAUGCAAAUACAUGGGCGCACAAAUUUGUUUUCAGGUGGAACAUUUACCACUAGAAGAAGCUUGGAGUCUUUUUAAGAAGACAACAGGUGAUUCCGUGGAGGAGAAUCUUGAACUGCAACCCAUAGCCAUUCAAGUAGUUGAAGAAUGUGAGGGUCUGCCAAUUGCAAUUGUAACAAUUGCAAAGGCAUUAAAAGAUGAGACUGUGGCUGUAUGGAAGAAUGCCUUGGAACAACUCAGGAGUUGUGCACUAACAAACAUUAGAGCAGUGGAUAAGGUUUACUCAUGUCUGGAGUGGAGCUACACCCAUUUGAAGGGUAUUGACGUUAAGUCAUUGUUCUUACUUUGUGGGAUGCUGGACCAUAGUGAUAUUUCAUUGGAUCUCUUGUUACGAUAUGGUAUGGGUCUGGAUUUGUUUGGCCACAUCGACUCAUUGGAGCAAGCAAGAAAUAAACUACUUGCAUUGGUGGAAAUCCUUAGAGCCUCAGGCUUGUUACUUGACUGUCAUGAAGAUAGACACAAUUGUAAUGUAGAAAGAGCUUCAAGUUUGCUUUUCAUGGACGCUAAUAACAAGUUUGUGAGGAUGCAUAGUGUUGUUCGUGAAGUUGCCAGGGCAAUUGCAUCCAAGGAUCCUCAUCCAUUUGUAGUUAGAGAAGAUGUUGGAUUUGAAGAAUGGUCAGAGACUGAUGACUCCAAAAUGUGCACUUUCAUCUCUUUGAAUUGCAAAGUUGUGCGUGAGCUUCCUCAAGGGUUGGUAUGUCCGGACCUUCAAUCUUUUCUAUUGCAUAGCAAAAAUCCUUCAUUGAAUAUCCCGAACACAUUUUUCGAAGGGAUGAAAAAACUCAAAGUUUUGGAUUUGUCCCAUAUGCAUUUUACAACAUUACCUUCAUCACUUGAUUUCCUUGCAAAUCUCCGAACAUUGUGUCUAGAUGGGUGCGAGUUGGGAGACAUUGCUCUAAUUGGAAAACUAACGAAACUAGAAGUUCUUAGCUUGGUGGGUUCUACAAUCCAACAAUUGCCUAAUGAAAUGGUGCAAUUGACCAAUCUAAGGUUGUUGGACUUGAAUGAUUGCAAACAACUUGAAGUCAUUCCACGAAAUAUCUUAUCAAGUUUGUCUCGAUUGGAAUGUUUGAGUAUGAUAUCUAGCUUUACUAAAUGGGCGGUUCAAGGUGAAAGCAAUGCUUGUUUAUCUGAGCUAAAUCAUUUGUCUUAUUUGACAACUUUAUCUAUAAAAAUACCAGAUGCUAAGUUGCUACCAAAAGACAUUCUAUUUGAGAACUUGACAAGGUAUGUGAUAUCUAUGGGUAAUUGUUGGGGGUUGAGAACCAAAAGAGCAUUGAAGCUCAAGAAAGUCAAUAGAAGCUUAUACUUGGGGGAUGGAAUUAGCAAGUUGUUGGAGAGAAGUGAAGAACUAGAGUUCUGGGAAUUAAGUGGUACUAAAUAUGUUCUUUACCCAUCAGAUAGGGAGAGUUUUCGUGAACUGAAGCAUCUUCGAGUUGGUGACAGUCCCAAGAUUCAAUAUAUCAUUGAUUCAAAGGAUCAAUGGUUUCUGCAACAUGGUGCCUUUCCUCUAUUGGAGUCAUUGAUUCUUCAGACUUUGAAAAAUUUGGAAGAAGUAUGGCAUGGCCCAAUUCCAAUAGGGUCUGUUGGUAACUUAAAAACUCUAAAUGUGGAUUCAUGUCCUAAAUUGAAAUUUCUCCUUUUGCUUUCCACAGCUAGAGGCCUUUCCCAACUUGAAGAAAUGACAAUAAAAGAUUGCAAUGCAAUGCAACAAAUAAUCACAUAUGAAAGGGAGUCAGAAAUAACAAAAGAUGGACAUGUUGGGACCAACUUGCAACUAUUCCCAAAAUUGCGAUCUUUGAAACUCGAGAAUCUACCGCAACUCAUCAACUUCAGUUCUAAGUUAGAAACAACAUCUUCCACAUCUCUGAGUACAAAUGCAAGGUCGGAAGGCUCAUUUUUCAGUCAUAAGGUUUCAUUCCCUAAGUUAGAGGAGUUAACACUCAAAAAUCUACCCAAGUUGAAGGAUAUAUGGCAUCAUCAACUUCCGUUUGAAUCCUUCUCCAAUCUACAGAUCUUAAGGGUGUGCAAAUGUCCAUGUCUACUCAAUCUUGUCCCAACUCAUUUGAUACACACCUUCCAAAAUUUAAAAAAGAUAUAUGUGCAAUAUUGUGAACUCCUAGAACAUGUGAUUGUUCUUCAAGAAAUUGAUGGAAAUGUCGAGAUCCUCCCAAAGUUAGAAACCUUGAUGAUGGAGAAUCUACCUAGAUCAAAGAUGGGAAUGAUAGCAUGAAAUAUUUUUCCUCUCUUGUGACACUCAUGAAUAUUCAAUACCUCAAAGAGUUGCAUAUCACUAAUUGUAGAAUGGAAGACCUGCGAAAGAUGUAGUACUCUUUCGUGAAAAGGUUUCAUUCCCUAAGUUAGAGGAGUUAACACUCAAAAAUCUACCCAAGUUGAAGGAUAUAUGGCAUCAUCAACUUCCGUUUGAAUCCUUCUCCAAUCUACAGAUCUUAAGGGUGUGCAAAUGUCCAUGUCUACUCAAUCUUGUCCCAACUCAUUUGAUACACACCUUCCAAAAUUUAAAAAAGAUAUAUGUGCAAUAUUGUGAACUCCUAGAACAUGUGAUUGUUCUUCAAGAAAUUGAUGGAAAUGUCGAGAUCCUCCCAAAGUUAGAAACCUUGAUGAUGGAGAAUCUACCUAGAUCAAAGAUGGGAAUGAUAGCAUGAAAUAUUUUUCCUCUCUUGUGACACUCAUGAAUAUUCAAUACCUCAAAGAGUUGCAUAUCACUAAUUGUAGAAUGGAAGACCUGCGAAAGAUGUAGUACUCUUUCGUGAAAAGGUUUCAUUCCCUAAGUUAGAGGAGUUAACACUCAAAAAUCUACCCAAGUUGAAGGAUAUAUGGCAUCAUCAACUUCCGUUUGAAUCCUUCUCCAAUCUACAGAUCUUAAGGGUGUGCAAAUGUCCAUGUCUACUCAAUCUUGUCCCAACUCAUUUGAUACACACCUUCCAAAAUUUAAAAAAGAUAUAUGUGCAAUAUUGUGAACUCCUAGAACAUGUGAUUGUUCUUCAAGAAAUUGAUGGAAAUGUCGAGAUCCUCCCAAAGUUAGAAACCUUGAUGAUGGAGAAUCUACCUAGAUCAAAGAUGGGAAUGAUAGCAUGAAAUAUUUUUCCUCUCUUGUGACACUCAUGAAUAUUCAAUACCUCAAAGAGUUGCAUAUCACUAAUUGUAGAAUGGAAGACCUGCGAAAGAUGUAGUACUCUUUCGUGAAAAGGUGGAAUUUAGAUCGGUUAUGUUUUGGUUGUUUGCCAGGGAGAUUAUCACUGCAAGACUUAAAGAAUCUGACGCCAAUGGCCUAAGAAGUAUGUAUUAAGAGGCCUCUUAUUUGUAUUAUGAAUGAAUCAAAAUAUAUUUGCAUCUGUUAUUAUAUUGUUCUUAUGUUAAUUUUGGGGAAUAGAAUUAUCUAUUUCAUCACACAUGCUUAAAAUGUAUGUAUUUAUGCUCAUAAUUUGACUUGUUAGGUAUUGGAAAUUCUUAUUUCCUCUUUGGUGGGUUUGAAGUUAAACAUGAACUUAUGGUUGCUUUAUGGGAUGAUAAAUUAUUAAAACUGGUGCUUAAGCAACACAUGACUUCAAUGAGACAGCUCCUCGGUUAUGAUGAAUUGAGAAUUAAAUGGGUUGAUUUGGGAGUAAUGCAUUCAUCUUAUAAAUUAUGAUGACAAUGCAUUUAAAUGAAAAGAAAACGUUAUAGGAUAAUGUAAAGAUCAGUAUUUAAAUGAUUUUAAUCAUUAAUACUUGAUCCAAGUGAGUUUAUCAAGUGUGGUUUCUGCUGAGUUGCCCAAUGCUCUCUUUAGACCUGUUCCUGCAUAUGAUGUUAUCUGUCCAUAUGAUGGAAAAAUAAAAUAAAAUAAAACAACCCCUUCUGCACUUCUAGUGAAUAUUUCAUUAUUCACAGUUAUGGUGAGUAGCUCUCUUGUAUCCAUUUUUCUUCUGUUGAUGCUUUCUCCUUUAGUAAUUUGGUCAUUUGGUGAGCUUUUGUUCCUAAAAAUAUGUGGAUUCUCACAUAACAUGGCCUUUUUUUUUUUUUUUUUUGCAUGUGUGUAUAUACAUACUUGUAAUGAAACAACUACUAAUUGAAUUGUUCUAAUAAUGAAAGUAGCUACAUGUCCCAUGAAUAUGCUUUGGAAGUCUCUUUUUAUGACUUUGUUGUGAGUAUUACCUUAACACUUGCCUGUUUUUGUCUGAAUCCAGGGUCUUUUUUGUUAGUCACAUUGUAUAUUGCCUCUCCUUUUUAUCUCCUGUAGCUAAAGAAGUCCAAUUUGACAAGGUUGUGCAGCACAAAGAGCAUGCUAACUGUGAAUGAAAGCUUUCUAGGGCCGGUCAUUCGGAUUCAUAGAGGUGAUAAGGUGUAUGUGAAUGUGCAGAAUGAAGGGUGAUUAUGGUGUCACUAUUCAUUGGUAUUGAUAGUUCUCUAGCUACCCUUCAUUGAUGAAGGAACUAACCAUUUAUUUAUACAAGUAAAGUUGAAGAAUAAAUACUAAGAAAGAGGAAACUAUUAGGCAUGGAGUGAAGCAAACAAGGAAUCCAUGAUCAGAAGGUCCUUGUUUGUUUUUAAUAUAUUUUAAUUAUUUUUACUUUUUUUGUUAUUUGAUGAGAAUUGUUUUAAAAAAUAAUUAUACGAUAAAGAAUGAUUAAAAUAAAAUAUUAUCCAUAAAAUUUACUUCUAAAACAUAUUUGAAAACACAAAAGAAAUUGAGAAAAUUCCACCCCCAAAAAGAAGGAAAAAAAAAAAAACAAAAGGGCUCAACAAGAGAAGCUUAACCAUCACCCUUGACCUCAAGUAAUGAAAUAUGGAAAAGACAAACUGCCCUACCCUUAAAGAAUCCUACACGAGAACAAGAAAUUUUGGAGGAAAAAAAAAUGCUGAACUUUGACCUCUUCAUCCCUUCCAAAUUGUUACCCUCCACGUCCAUUUUCUUUUAGCAUGACAAAGUCUUGAUACCAAAUAUGACAUCCCCCAUGAAAUACUAUGCAAUUAAGCUUGUUUCAAAGGUUUUUAAAAGGAAGAUUGCCAUCAGAGAUUGGAAACGUUUUCAUCACUUUGGAGAAGGUGUGUUCUUGCAUGGACUAUUGGUAACCAAUCUAUAGAAUUCUGAAAUUCAUUUUAAAGAAGAAAUACGCAAUUACUUGGGGGUUUCUGCAUGAUCCCUUUCUAUUUACUCUAUUCAGAGUUAUAUGGAAACAUAAAUGAGAAAACAUUGGACGGGCCUAAGCAGUUUAGCUCAUUUGCAAAAUGCACUACUAUUGAAGAGAAACUGUUGGCUCUAAAGCCAAAGAAUCUGGAUUUUGUUCAAGCUGCUGGACUUCCUCGUACAAUUGAGACAACCUAUGAUGGUCUCGGAAGGACUGGAUUUUCUGUUGGUAAAUCAAUUCUUGUUUUGGGUGGUGUUGGUGGAGUUGGAAGCCUUGUCAUCUAGGCAUUUGAAUUUCAGUUCCUAAUUAUUUAUUUUCCAUUUUAAAUGUUAUCUAUUCAUGGCCUACAGUGGAAAAAAAAUCUUUUGUACCUAAAAUAUGAACCUCCUGUUGCAGUUGGUUGGGGUUCCUCCAUUUAUUAGUUGUUAAAAAUCGAGAUAGGGGCUC